AUGAAAUCUAGCAUUUUCCUCCUCCUGGCAACGUCCCUAGCGCACGCCGAAGCACGCUUCGCCCCCGGAAGCACCACCGACGAAAUCACCAUCCCAGAACACGAUACCCUAGACGACAGCAUAGUAAUCACCACGCCCGAAAACGCCCCCAACGCAAUCGACCCCAACAGAGGCGACACCAAGAAACCCCCCUAUUACCUCCUAGUCGGCGACUCCACCGUCGCCUCCAACACCGGCUGGGGCGACGGCCUGCUCGCGCUGACGUCUCACCCCGACAACGGCAUCAACUGGGGCAAGGGCGGUGCGACGACUGUCUCUUACCGCGAGGAGGGCCUGUGGGACCAGGUGAUCUCUAACACGACCGAGUUCAAGGUUGACCACGAGCCUAUCGUGACGAUCCAGUUUGGUCAUAAUGACCAUAAGGUUAAUUCGGGUAUCUCGCUGCAUGGGUUCGAGGAGAAUUUGAAGAAUAUGGCGCUGGAUGUUAAGAAGGCUGGGGGGACGCCGAUCCUCAUAACCCCCCUCACAGUCCGCUCCUUCGAAAAAGACAUCCUAGUCGACAGCCUCGCCCAACAGCGCGAGAAAGCCAUCGCAGCCGCCAAGGCCGCCGGCGUGGAUUUCAUCGACCUGAACACCGCCAGCAGGAACUACGUGCAGAAGAUCGGCAAGGAAGGCUCCGCCAGCUACGACCUCAACUCGAAUGACCAGGUCCAUCUGAGCCCCACCGGGCGGGCGGUGUUCGCCCGUAUGGUGGCCGAUUUGCUGGUCAAGGCGCGGCCUGAUUUGGAGAAGUCGUUGAAGGCGAAGGAUGAGGUUAGUGAGAAGAUUGCUGCUGGGGAGGUUGUUACUGUUGAUCAGGAGAAGCAGCAGUAG